CUUCCCCGUCGGUUUUCUUACACGGUAGGUAGCUACCCGGAAUAGGAUAGGCGAGAAAGUUCAGUAAAGACGAAAGCAAGAAGGAAAGUGGAAAGUGGAAAGAAGGUACGGAGUACAGUGGUACCUGUACCUGAUAACAUCCAACGCGAAAGAGCUACCCCAGCUCAUUUAUUCUUGCACGCGUUCAACCCCAAUUGCCUUAACAAUAUAGUACCAGCGUUGGUCGCAAAGGUUGCUCUUCCCUUUUGAUUUAAUUUUUAUUUUAUUUUAUUUUUCCUUCUCUCUCUUUCACAACUUACCAACAACAUUAAAAAUCACUUGCGCAUAUUGAGAUUAUUUUUUCUCAAUUUUUCCAUCACACAAAACCCGCUGGUGAAUUUUCUUUGAUUUUUCUUCACCUUUUUUUCUGCACAAAGAAUUAUCACCUACCUUUCUGCAUUCACAUCCACCACCUUACCUACCUACAAACACCAUACAUUCAUUUUACUGCCACAUAUCUUCGCGAUGGCACCUACAAGACCCUCGCGCGCUUCCAAAGAGAACGGCACAGCUGCCGAAACCACCACCGCCGGCAACGGUGCAACAGCUGCGAAGCGCGGCCGUGGCCGCCCGCCUAAGGAUGGCGUUGCCCCCCAGGCUAAGAAGCCUUCGACUGGCCGCCCUCGCGGUCGUCCCCCUGGAACGAGCGGUGGUGUAAAGAAGUCCAAGGCCAAGCCUGCUCCCAAGAGCACCAGCGGACCUGGUCGUCGCGGGCGUCCUCGCAAGUCUGACGCGUCGACUGCUGCUGCCACUCCGAAGAAGGGCGCGAAGGCCGCUGCCUCUAAGCCUGCUAGCACCGGGAAGGGACGCGGUAGACCAGCGCGCAAGAGCGACGUGUCGGCUUCGAAAGAGCCUGAGGGUGAGGAAGAGGAUGAGCAGGAAGACAAGGAGGAUGAUGAGGAUGCUGGUAACAAUGAUCUCGGACUGGGUGACGUUGGCGACGACGAUGACGAGAACGCCGCAGAUGAUAAUGAUGGCGACCAUCCAGAGGUAGGAUCUUACCCUUCCUCUUCCACCUACCCAACAUACAAUAUUUGCGAUCCCUCACUGAUCCGGGCUAUAUAGGACGAUUAGAAUAACCAAGUCCAUGCCUCAACCG